UGGUUUGACACCUCUACGCGAGAGGAAAAAUUUAUUUUGAUAAAAAGCCUGAACAAAAACAAAACAAGCCACCCUAACAAAAUGGAAGUGUGUUAACGCGAAUUUGCGCUCGAGGCGCCUCACUAAGGCAACUCUCUCGCUUGUCUACUACCUACCCACCCUCUGUCUCUCUCUCUCAUCAACGAGCAGCAGCAGCAGGAGCCGCAGCUUGAGUUUUGUACUCCACACCAUGCCCCUGAAUGAUGCACUGGCGGCCACUGGAGCGGCGGGCAUAAUCUAUGCAGAGAACGGCACCAAGCACAAAACCAUGACCAACUCAUCCAAAGCAGAUCUGAUGACAGGAGGAGGAGGUGGUGGCAGUGGCAGUGGUGGCGGCGGCGGCAGCGGCGGAGCACUUAUUGGCGGCAGUGGGGUAUCCCUGGCCAGCCUGCAUGGCCAGAAAUGGACGCAGGUCUUUGAUAUGGAUAAGAUGAUCAAACAACUGCGCACAGCGGAGAAGGCAUAUCUUAGGGGAGGCGGCGGCGGCGGUAGCAAGGCCACGGGCAGUGACCAGGCCAAGCUCCAUGUCCAGCGUCUGAAUGCUGCCGACAUGGCGUACUACGACAUCGUGCCAAAGCUGGCCACCCGGGAUCUGGUCGUGUGCAACACCUGCAACGGUAGCUACACCAAGGCGGGAUUCCAAAACCACAUAGCGCUGCAGCAUCCGGCCAUUUGGGAGGCCACAUCGAACAAAGUUAAUCCGCUCACUGCCACAGGCGACACCACCACCAGCAGCAGCCAACAAGAGACAGCAGCAGCAGCAGGGGGCGACAAUCUGGCUGGGGGCUCGCCCACGGAAACUCUGUCCGCCUCCACACUGUCCAGCUGCUCGAAUGGUUCGAGCAGCUCAGCAUCCCAGCACACCGCGGCCAAUGCAACGAGCAGCUCCUCGUCCUCCUCGUCGUCGCGUCACAAAAGCAGCAGCAGCAGCAGCAAGAGUAGCAGUUCCUCCUCCAAGGGCAGCAGUGGGACCAGCAGUCGCUCCCGUUCAAAAUCAUCGAAAAAUCGCCACCAUUCAUCGCCAGCACCUGCGCCAGAGUUGAAGGACAAGACGUGUGGCGGUGGCGGCUCCUCCAAAAAGAGUAGCAGCAGCAGCAGCAGUGCCAUAGCCGCGCCCCCAGCAGCAACAGCAGCAGCAGUAGCGAUGGCUGGCAGCAUUAAAGAAGAGUUUGUACCGGCGCCCAUAACCGUGUUCUCCUCAUCCUCGAAUUCAUCCUGCUCCCUGCCACCGAGCGAGCUGGUGGGUGGUGUGGGUGUGGGUGUGGGUGUGGGCGUGGGUCUAAGCGUGAAUUACUCUCCUGCCAAUCAUCAACAGGGUGUUGCUGUGGUGGAUGAGAAGCAGCCUGAAAUCCAGCCAAAGAAGAAGCCGAAGGUAUCCAGCGAUCAUCGAACAAAAGCGUCCAAGGAUAAGCCAGUCGUGCAGAUCGGCAGCCAGUACGAACAACAGCAGCAGCAGCAGCAGGUGGGAUUGAUGAGUGAACUCGAUCAGGCUGUGUCCUCCAUAACCGGCCAGGUGGCUUCACAGGAGGCGCCGCCAACCGAAGAGGAAGAACUGCCGCUGCCUAGCACAACCGAUGAGAAUUCCAUUUCGCUCACACUGGACGAAAUGCUGGACAGCAAAUUGAUUAAUGAGAUUCUGAAAAACUUUGAUGAAAGUGCGCUGGACACCGCCCAGCAGCAACAGCAACAGCAGCAGCAGCAGCAGCAGCAGCAACAACAGCCAAAUGGCACGACUCAGCAUGCGCCACAAGCCACAAAAAGACUGCGCUAUGACGAUGUGGCUGGCGAAAUGGGUGAGGAAUACAUCUACCAGCAGCAGACGCAGCAGCAGCAGCAGGCGAACCAGCAGCAGCAACAGGUCUAUGGCGAGGAUAACCAGAGUCAAUUGACCACCAUCGAUGCCAUGCAGCUGCAGCAGCUCAUUUAUCAGCAGCAGCAAAUGCUCGAGCAGGCAGAACAACAACAGCAGCACAAGCAGGAUUUGCCUGAGGAGCUGCAGGCAAAUGCAAAUGGACAGCAGCAGCAGCAACAGCAACAACAGUUCAGUGUGUACAAUGUGCAGUCGCUGACUGACGAUGCGGAGGUGCAACAGCAGCAGCAGCAACAGGAGCAGCAGCAGCAGCAGCAGCAGGUGCAGGUGCAGCAGCAACAGCUCGAUGAGCAUAUGAUACUGCCAAGUAUUAUAUAUGAGAUUACAGACACGAAUCCAGUGUCGGUGCUGGAGCAACAAAAGGUUAUAGCAGAGUUCCUCACACAAGCGGGCUAUGAGAAUGUCGAUGUGAAUGUGCUGCAAGCAGCCACGGGCGGCGCAACAGCAGCAGGCACCACCACAAUGGAUGUCAGUCAAUUCAAUGAUGACUUAAAUGAUUUUGAUUUCACAAAACUGGAGACUGUUAGCGACACAACAACAACAACAACAACAAAGACUGUUAAACUGGAAGCCACCAACAGCCAGACACAAUCCUCCGCCACCACCACUAACAUUCACAUUAAGCAACCAUCUUUGAUCCAUGCCAAAUGCCACGAGGAGAGCUAUUUCAAUGUGAUGCACUAUUCGGGCCAGCCCCGACCCCUGGCCAUGAACACUUUCGGUUUGGUGAAGCUGCCCAACGGUCUGGGCGCCACAUUGCGCAAGAAUCUGCUGACCACACGCAAGGCGAACAACAGUUUGCUGUCGCUGAAUGGCGGCACUUUGGGCGUUGUCGGUCAGCUCGCUCGCCCACCACCGCCCGCACCGCAGGCAAAUAACUACACGGCGCUCAGCAAUGGCACGGGGGGUAUAUUGGUGAAAAAUGCAGCCGCUGCCGCUGGCAAGACCAUCUAUGCACAGAAGUCGAGUGUUAUAGCGCAGGAUCGACUGAGAUGCAACAAGCGGGCGUUGGUGCCGCCGCGUCUGGAGGCGGGCAAGGGUAAUGGAAAUGGUUUGAUGACAGCCAAGCGUUUGAAUGAAUUGCUGUUGGGCAAGGCUGUGAAAAAGGAAAAGCUAAUGGACAACGAAGAGCCAGAGCAGCAGCAGCCGCAAAAGGAGGAAUUGGAGCAGCAGCAGCAACAGCAACAGCCGGACCACAAGCUUACACACAGUUUCUAUGAGAAGCGACGAAAGCUACUGGCCAAAAUGCUGCGGCAACGUUCACCAAACUUUUCUCUUCCACUACAAAACAACUCAAAUGUUGGACAGAAUUCGCAGCCGCUGCUUAAGAAGCAAUUGCUGCGCACGCUGUCCGACAGCAGCAGCAAUAUACUGGCCAUUGCCAACAACAGCGGCAACAGCAACAGCAGCAGCAGCACUCCUAAUGCCAAUAGUAAUCCUUGGAAGAGCCAAAGCUCAACGCCCGGUGGGGGCUCCACGCCAAGCAGCAGCGAUCUGAUGCGUGUUUUUGUCUGAGAAAUAUAUACAUAUAAAUAUGAUAUAUGUAUAUAUAUAUCUACAUAUAUGUACGUAUCUAUGUUUAUACAAUUAUGUGCAGCGCCCCGCCACCCUCCUCUUCUAAAACAAAACAAAACCCUAAGUUAUUUUUACACAAUUUUUUAAAUCAAUUCAAUUUCAUUUUUUAAAAGUGAUAAUUAGUUACCAUUUAGUUUAUAUAUUAUAUGAUUGUAUGUAGUACUCUGUUUAGAACUAUGCUUUAAGAUUUAUUUAAAUACUUUUCGUGGCUAAGCAAAUUAAAACUAAGUAAAUUAUGUAUAACGCCUGUAACUUUAUAAAAAUACAAGAGCAUGCCCUAUGUUUC